AGUCGGUGUCCGGUGCGGGCAGAGCGGAGAUGGAGAUCGGAGGGGGAUGACACGGCGGGGAGGAUGAGGCUCCGGAGCGACCAUCGUACGAUCUACUAUGAUCCGCUAUGUGCGACAUUUCAUCGCCUUCAUCUUCGCUGUGUGCGCCCCUCCCCGGGCUCAAGGAGCAGGGGGCCUGCGGGAGGAGCCACAGUUUGUGACCGCACGUGCUGGAGAGAGCGUCAUCCUGAGGUGCAACGUGGUCCAUCCGCUCACCGCGCAUCCUCCUCCCUACGUUGUAGAGUGGUUUAAGUUUGGUGUUCCCAUUCCCAUCUUCAUCAAGUUUGGCUUCUAUCCUCCUCAUGUGGACCCAGAAUACGCAGGCCGUGCCACCCUCCAUGACAAGGCAUCGCUGCGCAUUGACCAGGCUCGCUCACAAGAUCAGGGCUGGUACGAGUGCAAAGUGCUGAUGCUGGAGCAGCAAUACGACACAUUUCACAACGGCAGCUGGGUACAUCUGACAGUGAACGCUCCCCCAACCUUCACUGAAACCCCCCCACAGUACUUGGAGGUGAAGGAAGGAAGUAGCGUCACUCUAACUUGCACUGCUUUUGGGAAUCCAAAGCCAACCGUCACAUGGCUGCGAGAGGGCGAGUUCCUCGGGGGAACACCAAAAUAUCAGGUGAACGAUGGCAGUCUGACCAUUUCUUCGAUUGGGCGUGAAGACCGGGGCUCAUACACUUGCCGCGCUACCAGUAUUCAGGGAGAAGCAGUUCACAGUACGCGGCUUCUAGUACAAGGGUCGCCUUUCAUUGUUUCCCCUCCUGAGAACAUCACCGUUAACAUUUCCCAGGAUGCCCUGUUCACAUGCCAGGCUGAAGCGUAUCCAGGAAACCUCACCUAUACCUGGUACUGGCAGGAAGAGAAUGUGUUCUUUAAGAAUGACCUGAAGAUGAGGGUCCGGAUCCUCAUCGAUGGGACCCUCAUCAUAUUCCGAGUCAAACCAGAGGAUGCUGGGAAGUAUACCUGUGUGCCUAGCAACAGCCUUGGACGUUCUCCAUCAGCAUCGGCAUACCUCACCAUCCAGUAUCCUGCACGAGUAAUCAACAUGCCACCUGUCAUCUAUGUUCCGGUCGGUAUUCAUGGUCAAAUCCGCUGCCCUGUGGACGCUGUGCCGCCUGUCACCCAUGUGAAGUGGAAUAAAGAUGGCCGACCCCUGAAGAUGGAUAAGGUGUCAGGUUGGAAAAUGUUGGAUGAUGGAUCUAUUCACAUUGAGGAGGCAACGGAGGAGUUGCUGGGCACUUACACCUGUGUGCCUUACAAUGCACUGGGGACCAUGGGCCAGUCCCCUCCUGCACGGCUGCUGCUGAAGGACCCGCCCUAUUUCACGGUGCUGCCCGGCUGGGAGUAUAGACAGGAGGCUGGGAGGGAGCUGCUGAUUCCUUGUGCUGCUGCUGGAGACCCCUUCCCCUCUAUCACAUGGAGAAAGGUGGGAAGACCCUCGUCCAGUAAACACAGCGUGCUGCCUAGUGGCUCCCUGCAGUUCCGGUCACUCAGUAAGGAAGAUCACGGAGAAUGGGAAUGUGUUGCCAGCAAUGUUGUGACAAGUAUCACUGCCAGUGCACACCUCACUGUUAUUGGUACCAGCCCGCACGCCCCUUCCAAUGUGCGAGUUGUGGUGUCCAUGAACACGGCCAAUGUGACCUGGGAGGCUGGGUACGACGGAGGAUUUGAACAGACAUUCUCAGUUUGGUAUGGAGCUCUGAUGAAGCGUGCUCAGUUCGGACCUCAUGAUUGGGUCUCCAAGCCCGUAGCCAGUGGAGCCUCAUUCCUGCUCGUAGACUCUCUGGACUCGGAGACGGAAUAUCAGUUCAGCGUACUUGCACAAAACAAAUUGGGGACCAGCUCGUUCAGUGAGGUGGUCACGGUGCGGACUUUAGCCUUCCCUCUCACAACUCCGGAGCCUCUCCUGGUUUUGACCUCACCCCGCUGCCUAAUAGCAAAUCGGACCCAGCAAGGUGUGCUUCUCUCCUGGCUCCCCCCAGCCAAUCACAGCUUUCCACUUGAUCGUUACAUCAUGGAGUUUCGCUUAGCGGAGAGGUGGGAAAUUCUCGAUGACUCGAUAGCUGGACCCGAGACAGAAAUCUUAGCAAAGGAACUUUCCCAGGAGACAUGGUACGAGUUCCGGGUUCUGGCCGUGAUGCAGGAUCUCAUCAGUGAGCCCAGUAAUAUUGCCGGAUUGUCCAGCACAGAUGUCUUCCCCUCUCCAGAACUUAGUGAUGAAGGUUUUGCUCGCCCUGUUCUUGCUGGAAUCGUCGCCACAAUCUGUUUUUUGGCCGCAGCAGUUCUGUUCAGCACCCUGGCAGCAUGUGUGGUCAACAGGCAGCGAAAACGCAAGUUGAAAAGAAAAAAAGAUCCACCACUGUCCAUUACUCAUUGCCGGAAAAGUAUGGAGUCACCGUUAUCAUCUGGAAAAAUCAGCCCGGAGAGCGUUCGGACUCUCCAUGCACCUUCAGAAUCUUCUGAGGAUCAGGGUCUGCCAUCCAAGAGGCCCCUUAGUCCUGGCCGUGAGAAAGAGCUGUCCUUGUAUAAGAAGACCAAGCGAGCCAUGACCAGCAAGAAGUACAGUGUAAGCCAGGCAGAAGCAGAGGUCACCACACCCAUUGAACUGAUCAGCCGAGGUCCAGAUGGGCGUUUUGUCACAGACAGUCCAGACCAGGAGCCUGCUUUGCGCAGUCGCCGGAUACAAGGUUUUCCAUUUGCAGAGGAAACUGACAUGUACCCAGAGUUUCGACAGUCUGAUGAAGAAAACGAUGAGCCAACUGGAUUGAAGUCCCAACUCACCCCACUGUCAUCCAGCCAAGAUUCUCCACUACAACCUCCGGCCUACAGUCCCAGAUUCCAGCAUCAGCCCUCUGAGGGAAGGCAGCAGGCUUCUGGUCAGUCCCGACCUGGCGGAUACCAUCAUGGUCAUAUAUAUGGAUAUCUUAGCAGCAGCCCUCGUGAUUCUGAACCUCCUCCACCAUUCUAUAUGCCAGAAGUGAGUCCUCUUAGUUCAGUCAUGUCCUCGCCACCUUUACACCCUGAAGGAUCUUUUCCACCCAUCCCAGAAGAGAAUGGAGAGAACAGCUCUACCAGUACCUUGCCUCUCACUCAUACGCCUACUGGGGGGCGCUCUCCAGAGCAGUGGGGAGCACCAGAGUUCCCCUUCGGAGGCUUGGAUGCUCCCCCAUCUCCUUCUAUGUUUCUCCAACACCGCUAUGAACCUGGAGAGAUGAGGCGUCCUUUGCCUCCACCCCCACCAGAUCCAUUUCCACGAGGACGCCCACCUCCCAGCUCCUUGCAAGUUCCACCAUAUGCUACCAUCUUGCCUCUGGAACUCCAUCCAGGAUGGUCAGGUCGGCUACCUGGUCGUGGCCCUCAUCCUCCCCACCCAGCUUCUUGGCAUGAUGCAGCUAUGCAACUGGCUGCUCAGGGCCAGCUCCGGCACACUAGCCAAGGGAUGGGAAUACCGGUGCUUCCAUACCCAGACAUCCCCGAGCCAGGGUCCUUCGGGAUGGAUGCUCGUUGGUUUGAGAGCCGGACACGUCAACAAAUGAGCCCCAGACAGCAUCGUAGACUAGAGCCAAGUAUACAUCAGGUGGUGCUACAGCCUUCUCGUCUUUCCCCACUGACACAGAGUCCACUAAGUUCAAGACAUGGCUCACCUGAACUAAGUGCUAGAGCCAGGCCUCGGCCUGGCCUGCUUCCCCCACCUUCAGACUGCACUGGCAUUGCUCUACAGCCUCCAAUCUUUUUACACAAAUCACCUCCUUCCUCUGGAUCCCCAGCAAAGGGCAGCCAUGAUAGUCCUAGCUAUCGGUCUACCCCACCUGAUGCUUCCCCCCAUGCAGAUGGACGCAGAAGAGGAGAAGAGCGCGUACACGCAGAGACAGCGGUGCUGUGCACUGCAGGGCUUGGGUUAGCUGCUGUACCUGAGAGGUCUGAAGUCAUAGAUGACCGCAUCCAUAAGCCCAAAAAAUCUAGCAAGGGCAGAUCAAAAUCCAGGAAGCACUCUGAUGGAUCCACCUCGCAGGUCUACCAGCCGGCUACAGCCAUGUAUACUGACACUCGCUGCAUUCGUAGGAAGAAGCGUCCAUCUCGACAAGACCCCCUGUCGCGCCUGUCCGCUCUGAGGGAUGAGCUUUGCCACCGCUCGCUAUCCGACGACCGGGCUGCCAUACUGACCAGCACCGAGCCCGACGAUUCCAGCGGCCAUGCCACCCUUCUGUGACCAUCCUUAGAGAGAGGCCUGUAUUAUGGGCCCUUUCUGUCUCUUGGUGCUGACAAUAUCCACCCUCCCUCUGAAAAAAACAAAAACCGUGAGCAGCAAGUUGUGCGUUCAUUCCUACCUCACCAACCCUGUGUGUGCACGGAGGGGAGACUUAGCCUCACAUGUUGCAAACAUGUACAGUGUUAAGAUGGCUGCUGGUGGGGGCACACAUGCUGGUCACAGCUUGGCACUUUGUAUGACCAUAGCACAUGUGGCAGCUUUGAGAAAAAAGAAAACGCCACGUCUCACAGCCCAACCCACCCUAUGGUGUUUUUAUGUGAACCGUAGCAGAGAGUCGUGCUGUGAAUCUAGCCAAGCCGUUUACAUGAACAUGCCACGGCGUGUCUGUGUAUACAUGUGUUUGUACGUGUACCCGCUAAUGGGUGCGCCUUGACUACGCAGUACAUAGAGAGAAUAUUUAGACAUAAAUGAUAUAUUUUAUUGUGUAGGGAUUAGACUGAUUAGAUGUUUGUAUUAUUGGGGAAGGACAUCACUAAAGCUGCUGAAGGACAUCCAUCUAGUUUGUACUACCUAUUCACGUGUUCAAUCAUUAUUGUUAUUUAUUUAAGUUAUUGGUCUUGUGGCCGGCUUCUCCGGAACCCUCAUUAGCAGUGCAUCUCCCAUCUCCGUCUCCACCUCCGGAGGGGCCAGCCACGACAGAGGGGAUCUUAUCUGGGGUGUUCACAUGUAGUACUGGGUGGGGAAUUUGGGAUACAUUUUAAAGAAACCUGUCAUAAGGAAAACAUUGCUGACUUUGAUCUGAAAAUGCUGGUUAUCUGGCUGUUUUCCUAAGCUUAUUUCUUUCCGAGUCCCUAAUGGAAAAGAAGUCAGUACAUAAGGAAAGUCAGAAGUCCUCAUCUGUAUCCUUGUUUGAAGCCAGAACAUCAGCCAAUUGCUGUUUUAAAAAAGGAGAGGCCAUCGAUGGUGGCCUCUAAGUUUUUGUCAUGACAGGUCACCUUUAAACACAUGAAGAAGUAGUACAAGCUUUUCUGUAACUUCUUUUGUUGCCGUUUGUUUUUCUUAAAAGCUUCUCUUUUUA